AUGACCUCACGGCAAAAUAGGUGCCGCACAGUUCCAACUGGGAUGUCCCUCUCACUGGAAGAACAAGUUUACCCGACUGAGACUGUAAAGACGGCGCCUCCUCCAAGGGUCCCGGGCUACUACCCCUCCCUCCAGCCCCAUGCCCACUACCUCGACGUGCUGCGCUCCUCCGAAGAAGUGCUUCAGCCUCUCAAGUCCCUGGGCAGGCUGGUCAGUGACUCCAGUCCAGUCAUGCCCUUCACGGUCAGCGGCUUCUCAUUCCUCAGCGAGUCUCCCCCGGCCACCGAGCGCAUCUGCAGCAUCCUGCCCACCGCCCCGCUCUUCGGUAAAAUGCCGAGCAGCGUUAACCCAGUUUACCCCCGAAGCCGCGAGAAGCCGGGCGUUCCCGCGUCCCGUCCGACUGCCCCGUCGAGUCCCGGAGAGCGGCAGGGUCGGCGCCACCGCAUGCCGCCGCACUCCAGCGGCGAGUCCCCGGGCUCUCAGCGCUACCCCGGGGAGGCGAAUGCAGCCGCCCGGCACCGUCAGUCCGGCCACUUCACCGAGGAGGACCUCAACGCUGUUCUAUAUGGUCGCAUGAACUCAGGCAACGACGAUCGGCCAGCUGGUCAUGCUAUCUCAGGGCUGCGGAUAUCUGGAAACACAGGAAAAGUGGUGAAUAUGAGUGAAAUUAAAACCUACGACGACAACUCCUACAUGUGGGAGAUAUUUGAAGACGGCCGCUUGAGUCACUUCAUCGACGGGAAAGGGGCGGCGAGUAACUGGAUGGCGUUGGUCAACUGCGCCAGGUCGCCCCAAGAGCAGAACCUGACUGCCGUGCAGAGCGAGGGAAAGAUCUUCUACGAGACCUGCAAGGACGUGCGGGAGAACCAGGAACUGCUGGUGUGGUAUGGAGACUGCUACCUGCAGUUUAUGGGAAUACCGGUCACUUUAAAGGAAAUGACUGAAAGCCCAUUCACAGAGCAAGCCGAAGAGUCCGGAGAGGGCUUUAAAUGUGAGAGGUGCGGCAAGGUAUUCGCUUACAAGUACUAUAGAGACAAGCAUCUGAAGUACACCCGGUGCGUAGACCAGGGCGACCGCAAAUACCCCUGCCACCUGUGCAGCAGGUCGUUCGAGAAGAGGGACAGACUGAGGAUCCACAUCCUGCACGUACACGAGAAGCACCGGCCGCACAAAUGCUCAGUGUGUGGGAAGAGCUUCUCGCAAUCCUCCAGCCUUAACAAACACAUGAGGGUUCAUUCAGGAGAGCGACCAUACAAGUGUGUCUACUGCAAUAAGGCCUUCACUGCCUCAAGCAUCUUACGAACCCAUAUCCGCCAGCACUCUGGAGAAAAACCCUUCAAAUGCCGUCACUGUGGCAAAGCAUUUGCCUCUCAUGCAGCCCACGACAGCCACGUGAGGCGCACACAUUCUAAAGACAAGAUGUUUUCCUGUGAAAUCUGCUCCAAGACUUUUAUGGAAGCACACGAGCUCAGUUAUCACCAGAUGAACCGCAAAUACCUCACUCCAACUCCGACUGAAGGUGGAGAAAGUCAGCAUGGACUGGGGACUGAAUCGGAAAUCUUCCUGGAUAAAUACGCGCGGCAUUUGAUGGCGAUUUUUGCUCGAAUGCUUGUCGUCACCCCGGGUUACGACCCUAUGGAGAAUUAUGACUGCAUUUAG